AUGGAUCACGAGAAGGCGCUGCCGCCUGAUGAGAAGACGAGCAUCCCUCACCCUUCCGUCGAGUCUGCCGAGCAGCAAGAUGGUGAAUGGCGUGAGAACGAGGACUUCAUGACCCGCAAUGGUCUGAACCUCAAAUCCUUCCAACGCCGUCCCAGGGGUGGCCCGCUCAUCGUCCUCGACAAGUCCAUGAAGACGCGCCAUCUGCACAUGAUUGCCAUCGGUGGCUCCAUCGGUGCCGGUUUCUUCGUUGGUUCUGGAGGUGCCCUGAACAAGGGUGGCCCUGCCUCUGUCCUCAUUGACUUCUCUCUCAUGGGUAUCAUGAUCUUCAACGUCAUCUACGCUCUUGGUGAACUCGCCAUCAUGUACCCCGUCUCUGGUGGUUUCUACACCUACUCUACCCGCUUCAUCGAUCCAUCCUGGGGUUUCGCCAUGGGCUGGAACUACGUCUUCCAAUGGGCCAUUGUCUUACCGCUAGAACUCAACGUCGCCGCUCUUACUGUGCAGUAUUGGGAUGGUGCCAAAGGAACCAGCAUUGCCGUAUGGAUGACCAUCUUCUGGGUCUUCAUCAUCUUCAUCAACGUCUUUGGAACCUUGGGUUAUGCCGAAGAAGAAUUCUGGUCGUCCUGUCUCAAACUGGGCGCGACUGUCGUCUUCAUGAUCAUUGCCCUCGUCUGCGUUCUCGGAGGUGGCCCAAGCGGCGGGAAAUACGACGAGUACUACGGAGCCCGUAACUGGUAUGACCCUGGUGCCUUCAACAAUGGCUUCAAGGGUUUCUGUACCGUCUUCGUUACUGCUGCUUUCGCCUUCUCCGGAACGGAGUUGGUCGGUCUGGCUGCUGCCGAGACAAAGAACCCCCUCAAGUCGCUCCCCGGUGCCGUUCGUCAGGUCUUCUGGCGUAUCACCCUCUUCUACAUUCUCGGUCUCACCUUUGUCGGCCUGCUCGUGCGAUCUGACGACCCACGUCUGCUCGGUGCCGAGGGUGACGGUGCCAACACUUCUCCCUUUGUCAUUGCUGGAAAGGAUGCCGGUCUUCGUGGAUUCUACAGUUUCAUGAAUGUCGUCUUCAUGGUUUCCGUCGUCUCCAUUGGUGUCUCUGACCAAGGUUACGCACCCAAGAUCUUCACUUACAUGGAUCGCUCCGGACGUCCCCUUUUCUCGGUCAUGUUCAUUCUCGGAUGGGGCGCCCUCUGCUACAUGAACCUGGCUUCCACUGGUGUUGUCAUCUUCAACUGGUUCGUCUCUCUGUCUGGUCUUGCAGCCCUCUUCACCUGGGGAUCCAUCUGCUUGGCUCACAUCCGUUUCCGCAAGGCAUGGGCCUACCACGGACACACUCUCGAUGAGAUUCCAUUCAAGGCUGCCGGAGGUGUUUACGGAUCUUGGAUUGGCCUUACCAUCAUCUUCAUUGUUCUCUGCGCCCAGUUCUACACCGCCAUCUCUCCCAUCGGCAAGCGUCUCGGCACGGCUUCGGAUUUCUUCCAAGCCUACCUUGCUGUCUUCGUCGUCUCUGCCUUCUGGAUUGCUGGUUACUUCUGGAAGCGCACUGGCUGGCUCAGGACCGCUCAGAUGGACGUCGACACUGGCCGCCGUGAGCUCGACUGGGACCUCAUCAACCGUGACCGCGAGGAGAUGAAGACCUGGCCUGCAUGGAAGCGUCUGUGUGCCCGCAUCUUUUAG